AUUUUCAUUUUUGUGUGAACUGUCCCUUUAAAAGUUUGAUCCACAAUUGCUAGUAUCUCAGCCAUGAUAAAGGCAAAUGAUGACAGUAUAGAAACAUGUUAACAUGUUUAUAUUUAAUAUAAAAUAAUUUUACACAACAACAACAAUAAAAAAGUAAUAUUAUAUUAUUAUUAUUAAUUUUACAUUAAACAUGGGCAGUUUACAUAUUACUGUUAAAUUAAUAAAGGUAAUAACGAUUUUUUUUUCAGAUAUUUGAGGUCACCAGGUCCAGUGGCAUAAUUAUUUUUAUGCACUUUUGUUGGAUGAAUCCCAUGUGACUCUAGAUAAACAAACAGUGCUUAUUCCUUUAUUCCGAUCGAAAUAACAUAUAGAUCCCAUUUUCAGGUUCAAUUACUUCACCAAUUAUACCAAAUAAUCUUAAAUAGCUUGGGUUUUCUUUUUCAUAUCACAAGCCAGUUUUAUGACUGAUCCAAUUUUACCCGGGUUGAUAAAAUUAAAAAUACACAAUCGUCUGUAUGACCUUUACAGACCUAGACAUACCAAAUGCAAAGACGCACAAGCCUGCACAUUCUGUGUCUGUCUCACUCUCUGUCUGCCUCUCUCUUUCUUUUUCUCUUUCUCUCUUGCUUACUGUCUCAUCUCUUGAAUCAUUUUCUCUCAAUCCCUUGCUCUCAUACUGAUCUCUAUUUGACGGGUUUUGAAAAGAGAAAUAAAAACAGACAGACAGACACACAGAUACAAACAGACAGUCUUUAUUUCAAAGACUUAUUACCAUCAAAGAGGGAAAUGCUUUCAACUGAACUGACUGUGUCUUGUGAGCUCUACCAUUGGUCCUGACAGCUGUCAUUCACCAGGAAGGCUCUGAGAAACAAGGCAGGUGGUACAGUCUUCAAAAUUCUCCCUAGGGAUUGUGUUCCCUGCCAAAAUUAACCCUAACACACACACACACACACACGCACAUAUGUACAGUGUAUUUCUUUAGGACAGGACCCUCUUUCUGUAUAAACCUAUGGUGGAGUACAGAAGAAAGUGUGUGAGACAAGGCCUUGCUCUGCGUGUACACUUGUAAACUCUUGUUAAUGUUUGUCUGUGAAGAGACCAUUCCUAUUCUGGACUUUUAAGCAAGAGAAAAACUGCUAAGCUGAAAAACACAGCAACUCUACCAUGAGGCUUUUGAAAUAAUAAAGAUUUAAGUGGACACACAGCAGUAAUGGGAGACUGGAGUUCUCUUGGGAAGCUUUUGGAAAGUGCCCAGGAACACUCCACUGUAGUUGGGAAAGUCUGGCUUUCUGUACUCUUCAUCUUCCGUAUUCUGGUCCUCGGUGCGGCUGCGGAGAAGGUCUGGGGUGAUGAACAGUCUGGGUUUACCUGCGACACCAAGCAGCCCGGUUGUCAGAACGUAUGUUACGACAAAACCUUCCCGAUCUCUCACAUACGAUUCUGGGUGAUGCAGAUCAUCUUUAUUUCCACCCCUACCUUGAUCUAUCUGGGACACAUCUUGCAUCUGGUGCGCAUGGAGCAAAAACAGAAACGUAGCGAUGCAGACGGGCCAGAGAGACAGGCGCUGCUGAGCACCAAAGCCGGAAAAGGUCCCAUCCGGGAUGAUCAGGGCAAGAUUCGCCUGCAGGGGGUUUUGCUACGCACGUAUGUCUUCAACAUCAUCUUCAAAACACUGUUUGAGGUGGGCUUCAUUGUCGCACAGUACUUCCUGUACGGAUUUGAACUGAAGCCACUGUACACCUGCAACAGGUGGCCUUGCCCAAACACGGUAAACUGCUACAUCUCACGACCUACAGAGAAAACCAUCUUCAUCAUCUUCAUGCUGGCCGUGGCCUGUGUGUCACUACUACUCAAUCUGGUGGAAAUGUAUCACCUGGGGUUUACCAAGUGCAGGCAGGGCCUCCGUUACCGUCGUUCCCACUCCGUAUGCGACACCGAAUCUAAAACGCCCAGCGAGGACGCCGUGGUCCAAUUCGUGGCCAGCUACCCUUAUUUUCCCCCUCACGCACCACCUCCGGCAGCCUUUCCGGCAGAUCCCCAUUUCAACCUCGCGGAACCGGACGGGACCUUUCCUCCUCAUGGUAGCCGAUCUGUUUAUAAGCAGAACAGAGAGAACAUGGCUGUAGAGCGCAGUGGAAAGCCCGAUCAAGCAGAGGUCAAGAGCAACAAAACCUCCAGUUCGGUGCCUGGAUCUCCCGCAAGCCAACAUCGCAGGCCCAGCCAUUCAAGUCGCUAUAGCAACAACAAGACAAGGAUGGAUGACCUUAAAAUCUAAAGGAUGGGAUACUCUGAUUCAGAGCACUUUUAGCACUGAACGCGCCAUUCAGAGUGAGAUCGAAAACAGGGGAGAUGCUCAGACAGAAUAUGAGUCAGUUGGUGUGUUGCUUUACUUGAAUUAAAACUUGAUUUAUUUUUGUGGGAUCAAUGCGACGGCAGAAAGAUUGAUCUUGAUUAUACAUUGAACAGGUUGAAGUGCCAGUCAUGGACUGAAUCAUGCUUUUAAUUGAUCUGAAAACAUUUUCAGUUACCAGCAAUAAAAUCUUCACGAGACUUACGGGUAAAAUGCUGAUGUUGAAAUUUUGUGAACUGCUUAAGCUCUAAAGUGUAAUGGUUGUCAUGGAAACAUACUUGCUUUCUUUAGAUCAAUUAAGAUAGUUACAGAAAGCUGAUUUACUUACAGUGCCAACCGUAAUGACAUUUUACAGCAACAUCUUGUGUUUACACACGUUUACGCAUUGUUUUCUCUAUAUACUAAAAUGCUUGUUGUUUCAGCGCAUGGUUAAAGGAACAGUAUGUAAGAAAUUUAUAUCAAUUAAUCAUAAAAUGGCCCUGAUAUGUCACUAGACAUUAAGAAAUCAUUUGAAUUUCAAAUACUUAUAUCACUGACAACAGUGGUCUGGCCAGGAUAUUGUCAUUUAAAAAGUGGAGUUGCAGCCCUCAACUGAUGUUUAUGUUGCCAUG